CCGGCGCUCGCUGUGUGUAGUGAAGCCAAAGACUUUGCGCGUAGUAGUAAUUUAUUGCCAGGAAAACUAAUAUACAAAGCCUUCGCCGUUCUCUGUUAUGUGAAACGGCAGUGAAUCGUUGCUUUCUUAGCAUUACGGUUCCAUUGCUAGUCCGAAGAGGAAGGAGCCGCCAGCUGGAUCGAUAUGCCGAAGUACUACUGUGACUACUGUGACACCUAUCUCACGCACGACUCGCCGUCGGUGCGCAAGACCCACUGCAAUGGCCGCAAGCACAAGGAAAACGUCAAGUUCUACUACCAGAAAUGGAUGGAGGAACAGGCCCAAAACCUCAUUGACGCCACAACGGCGGCAUUCAAGGCGGGAAAGAUCCAGUCUUCACAGUUUCAGGCCAAGCCUCUGACCGGAGCAAUGAUCCCUCCGCCAGCAGCGCUACAACCGGGUCCUCCGCAGAGGAUGCCACUAGUUGGGCCACCACACAUGGGACCGAUGCCGGGCCCCAUGCCGGGCCCUAUGCCAGGCCCCAUGCCCAUGAUGGGACCCCCUGGACCAAUGCCCCCCAACAUGAUGAUGCCAGGUGAGAAGCGUUGCUUUGUGUAUUCUAUAAGCCUGUAG